AUGACGGGUCAAAAGAGCGAGAUAGUAGCUUAUACAAAGCGGUCGAAAAAUACGCCUAAUCUUUUGCCUAGUAAUGAUAUCUUUGAGAUUAGAAUCGGUCAAAAGCUAUUUGAGGUUUCGGGCGCUGCGCUGAAUUCAGACGGGCCCAAUUUUUUCACGCAGUUCUUCACUGUGCACGAUAAGAACAUUGUUCUUUUUGUUGAUAGAUCUGAAGAGGUAUUCAUGAUGAUCUAUAGGCAUUUGCAAGGUUAUACACCCAACAUUAAGGAUGAGAUACAGUUUUCCACUCUCUUCACGGAUGCGCUGUACUUCCAGUUACCAAAACUAACUAAACUCCUCAAAGAGUAUGACUACUACUUCAUCAACGUCGGUGGUGUCUCUUUUAAGGUACCAAAAUCUUUGUUUCAUCAGGAAGGCAAUCAGCAGAAUUACUUCGAAAUGAUUUCUCGUACAUGCUACAAGGAGAUUGAACAAUGGAAGUUGGAUGGAAAGUCUGAUUUCCCACCUCCUCAACCAUCCUCAUUUGUUGCCAGGUCCCCAGAGUUUUUUCAGGAUUUGUUAUCUCUAUUGGGCGGCGCCGAAGUAAAAUUAUCUGACAAACGAACCGCAUCACUCAUAAAAGAGAGUCGUUAUUACCGACUAAGUAGGUUAGAACAAGAAUUAGUAAAGGCAAAGACCAUUUAUAAUCCCUUAACGAAUUGUCAAGAAAUAUGCAUAGCUCUCAACAGCGUCUCUAAGACGGGUGUAACCAUCGAGGAAUUAUCGUCACCCUAUUCCGAUACCCAAUCUGUGGCAAGUUGCGUUAAUGAAGAUGCAGGGUACGCAGGCGCUGCUGCAAAUACUAGAACUGAGUCAAGUAGGAGUGAUGAUGCCGAACCACCCACCAAGAAGGUAAAACAGUCUCUCGACAAGCACGAUGGGUACUGGAACAUGGUAAAGUAUCAAAGACCUUAUAUCGAUACGAUUUCCCACGAUCUCAUUUUCCAACUGCAUUCUGACCAGUGCAAAAUAAUAUUCAAUAAGAAGGAUAAGACAGUCCACGUAGACUUAUCGAAGGAGGCAGCAGAACUAUUUGAAGACAAGUUUUCAGAUGUUUUGUUGAAAACCCCAUCUAUCAAAAUCGAUCUAUCCGAAUAUAAAGUCAAACUUCGUGACAGUCAAAUGCAAAUAGAGUCCCAUUUAAUCAUACCCGCAUGCGUCUCUAUUUGUGAUUUGGUGAUUAACGGUACGCAGUGCUGCAAUAUUUUCUCACUAGUUAACGACUCUAAAUGCAAGGAGAGGGUCUUGGAUUGCACUAAUUUGAAAAAUUUGAAUUGCACUCAUGGUUUGAAACUGCAUCUAUCGAGAUCCAUGUGGAAGUUAGGUAUAAACAACGGUAGAAUUAUCCUAAUCGCUGUCAAGGCGGAAACUUUUUCGGGGACUAAGGAAUAUUGCAAGUUAAUUGAUUUUUUGUAG